UAUUCCGGAAGUAAAUUCCUCAAUAUCAAUAUGUUAAUGGGUGGCAUUGGGAGUAAAUGUGUUUUUAACCCGUCUGAAAACAUGUUGAGUAUAUUGUUAGAUUUGCUCAAACUUCUCUAAUGCUAUCAACGUACGUUUUAACCUUGCAAAAGCAGGGAGUCCAACGUGAAUUGUGUUCGCCGAAUUUUAAUUGAGGGAAAUUGUGUGAAGCCGAAUAAAAUGGCGGCGUUGAAAGGAAUUUCGGUGUUUCAAGGAUGUAUUUUCACCUGGUAAGCAUGCAAAAGGUCGAUCCCGUUAUCUACUGUGACAACGUUACCAUAGUGACACAGGAAAACUGGGGUGCACGACCGCCUAAACAGGUCGACAGAAUGGAGACACCGGUCAGCUUCGUAUUCAUCUACCACGCAGCCUCCUGCGAAUGUUUUACGGAGAAGAGAUGCGCGUGCGAGGCGAAAAUGCUUCAAAACUACCCUAUGAACGCCCAGGUUGGGAUGACAUUGGGUAUAGUUUUAUGGUCGGCGAACACGGAAACGUGUACGAUGGUCGGGCCUCAGGGACCGGAUAGGCGCGCACACUAAAGGUUGGAACAGUGUGUCCAAC